CUUUUGCUAUUUCAAUCUUCUUAAUAGUACGAUACAUUCAAUUUGUUAGCACGCCAUAUACGGCUGACUAGAACCUACUGAAUAUUUGUUUUCUCAUCUUCAGUUGCCUUUCCCGAUGUGCCAAGACAUUUGGCCCAAAUUCAAGACCCAACAAGUCUCUCGCUCGCCGGAAAAACAGAAUUUACCAUGCCCGUAUAUACUUUCAAGGAAAGUUUUGGGCACGGGAUCUUACGCAAAUGUGUAUGAAUGCAAAAAUGCAGCCACUGGUGCCCACUAUGCCGCAAAGAGGUUCAGUAAACGACUCAUAUACGGAAAUGAACUGAUGCUUCAGAGGGAAUUCCAGGUGCUCAAAACUAUACUGCGCGGACAUCCCAAUAUUCUCCUGAUGAUCGAUUACUUCGAAACAUCAGAUUUUUUUUAUCUCGUGACCGAGUUGGCUGUGGGAGGUGAACUUUUUCAAAGAAUAACUGAGGCUCCAGAAGGGAAGCUUAACAUUGUUGAAACGAGCCAUAUUACGUCGGUGAUAUUGCUUGCAAUAAACCAUUUGCAUAGCAACGGCAUCGUACAUCGAGACAUCAAAGCUGAGAAUAUUUUGUUUGCAUCCAAUACUUCUAAAGCAAGCCUGUUGCUUCUUGCAGAUUUUGGCCAGGCCCGAAUUCUAAAACUGGGCGAGAAGGCUCAAUCUUUCGAUGGUACAUUAAGCUAUCUUGCCCCAGAAGUCUUAUCUAAGUGUGGUCACAGUUUUCCUGUUGAUCUAUGGGCAGUUGGGGUCCUAACAUACUUCAUGUUAUGUGGGUAUAUGCCUUUCGAUUGCGACACAGAUGCAGAAACAAAACAUUUGAUAUCCAACGCAGAUUAUAUUUUCGAGCCCGACGAUUACUGGUCAGCCAUUCCAGAUACGGCAAAAGACUUCAUUUCUAAGUGCCUCAAACUAGACCCUAGCGAACGUAUUACAGCGCAAGCCGCAUUGGAGCAUGCUUUCGUUCGCAAUGCCGGAUCCAACAUAAAACCUGCAUUUUCUUCGAAUUCUCUUCAACAGCUUCAAGAGAAAGUCUUGAGACUUCAUAACUCAAGGAAUGCAUCUUCACUCAACUGGCUGCAUGGACAGAUGACAUCAAGUAGAUCGCAAAAAGAAGAAUUUUCCUUUUCCAAUUUAUCCACAAAUCCGAACUCAUCCUAUGGGUCCAAUCUUACAUCAUCAAGCUGCUUGCUUGACGGUCGUAUAUACGCAUUAGAAGGAGGGAAAUGCCAUUCACCCGAAACAGUCACUAGCUUUACGACACCGGUAACUUCUGCUCUAGCGUCUCGCGAAGGUUCUAGAAUGGGGUUAGACUCCUUCAUGAUGGGUCUUGCCCUGCAAGGAAAUGCACCCAUAGAUGACACGAAAACAGGCAAAGCAGAAUUUACUCUAUAGGCAUAUGAUGUAUCAUUAGAUAGUUGAGCAAGACUUUCCUAUUUUUUUGCACGUGUUCCCUGCCCUUGCUUUAACCUGUGAUUUAGAUAGCUACCGCACGUUGUAAUUUUGUUAUGCUUCCCCAAGUUGGAUCGCAGAAUGCAGCAGAUGUUGGCCUGAUCUUUAGUUACCGGAAAACAAUUUACCAGUUUACAUCUUUGUUCCAAGAAUGAUUUUGGUUUAGGGCAGAUAAUAUUCAAUCAAGAUAUAAGAACUAACGAGCUAACAAUGGCC